GCACGACGAUAAGCGGUCUCGAGCAGCGAGAUAUAAACAAAACGUCGGGAACAUAUCCAAGUUAUUCUUUCGGCGAUACUAAACGGUACUUCUGUGAGAGUAACCAUUUAGGAAGCAUAAGUGCCGGAAUGCGUUUCACAGUGAUCAUCACCACUUUGGUUGCUGGCGUCCUGGUAGAAGGAACCAAGAAGGGCACGACCGAACUGGAUUAUGUCGCUUUUCCAUGCUUUCAGUUGGCUCUGCAUGGAAGGGGUAAUGUGACAUUCAGUAAAGGAAAGGCAGAGGGUCUCAACGACGUCAUCAAAAGUGUUAGUGGAUGUCUUGGCCAUUAUAACUGCGCCGUGUCGGUCAACGGUCUUCGUGUCACCUACACGGCAACAGCCUAUGCGCCGGAGGAAGUGGUCCAGGUUCGAGCGGAGGUUACGCGUAGCCUGGUGGAAGUGGAUCGCGAAAAUGUCGCAGAUGGAGAGUAUCGAAUGAAGGACGUGCGUGUGAAGGACAUGGAGAUGUACAUUGAGAGGCCAUUGCAGUUUAGCACAGUCGGGCAGAGAACUUUGUUUGAAGUGCAACUGAAGAAGAAGCUGCAAGAAUUUCUAAUUCAUAUGGCGAGGACGGACGUAUUUAAUCGUGCUCUCAAUAACGUUUUAUUAUCACGUGGUGGGUGAAUGGAGCUGACAGAGUUGUUGCGAGCGGCGUUUCAUGUAAAUGUCACAAAUAAAUGUGGUGGUGUUUCA